AUGGAGAGCGUUACAAAUUUUUCUGUAUCGCUUAUCAAAGGUUUCAUAGACAGCUUACGGGGUCUAAAAGUACUAUUGUACCUCGACAAGGAAAUAAACGAGCGUGCCUUGAGUCGCUCCCCGCCAACAGAAAUUGAUAAAAACAUACAAAAACAACCGAAGUUAAAACAGGAAUCCAAAGUACUUACACGAGUUUUACAAUCAUGCAUCUUGAAUGGUUUUAUAUUUUUGCUUAGCAUACUCAUUUUUGAGUAUGCACUGUUGCCUGCGGUAAAGUACUUAGUGAUAGUUGUGUUUGGCCACAACCCUGGUGUGGCGCACAAUGUCUGGGCAUGGAUGCAGCCAUUCCUGUCCAUGACCUUCCGGAUGAUAUGGGUGCUCCCCUUGUUCCUGUUGAGUAAACUUGUCAACAGUUUAUGGUUCCAGGAUAUAGCAGACAGUGCCUACCGCCACAGACGGGGGCGGCCGCAGUUCAUGUCUAGUGUGAGCAAAAUUAUAGCCGACUCACUCUUCAGUCUGCUGGUGCAAGCCUUGUUUUUAGUACAGAGUAUGUUAGUAAAUAUGCUACCAAUAGCAUACAUAGGCGAGCUUCUAUGCCUCGUCCACAUGUGCCUGCUGUACUCUCUGUACUCAUUCGAAUACAAAUGGUUCAACAUGGGCUGGGAACUGCACAAGCGGCUGACCUUCAUCGAGUCCAACUGGCCAUACUUCCUCGGCUUUGGACUACCACUUGCCGUACUUACGCAGAUUCCACAGUCUUACAUUAUUAGUGGUUGCGUGUUCUCCAUAUUCUUCCCUGUGUUUAUAUUGAGCGGUAAUGAGGCCUCGCCCGUUAUAGGAAGCGAAUAUCCUCUACGCCUAUUCUCUCCAGUGGUGGCGAUUUCCAACGGAUUGUUCCGUUUUGUUCGCCAAGGAGCCGACGUAGUAACACAACGGAAUAGGUGA